AAAUACAUUAUAUAUCUUAUUGAAAUGGGUAGCAAAAAUUCGGUGAUAGACGGUGACGUCAUCAGCGCAAUGUGCAGCGAUAACCCCGAGUUGAAAUGCAUUGUGAUUGAACCAAAAGAUGUCACAGAAAUUCAGAUAAGCAAUGCAGUGAAGGAAAAAGAUAUCGAAAACAUCUGCAAAAUAAUCAAAACAGCAGAAAAUCUGCAGAAGCUCACCAUGCCAAAAAUGUUACCCGUUGCGGAAUACCUCAACCUCGUUCUGGAUGCUAUUCUCGCACGCUUCGGAAAUCCAAUUAGUUCCAUCGAUUUGAGCGGGAGUACCGACAUAGAUGCCGAUGCAGCCCAAAAACUUCGUCGUGUUUUGAAAAAUCCUGGCGUCAAACAUCUCAAUCUGGAAGACUGCAAUAUGAAUGCCGAAGCUUUAUCAAAAUUAUUUGAAGGAUAUCGCGAAGGCGGUAUUGGACGGGUGUUGUUUAGUUGUAUCAACUCUUCCUACAGGACUUGA